UGAAGGUCUGAUCAUAUUUUUGUAUGGACACACGUGUUCCCGCUGCAGAGGAAGCAACAACUUAUUUUUGGCAUCUGACAUUAGUGCUCACCCUCAGGAGAGAGAGGAGCGACCCCACAAAGCUGCAGCAGCAGCAACACAGACUCACUGCACCUCUGUGUGCGUCCGCUCCUCUACAGGCCCAGCAUUGAUUAUGGAUUAUCUUCACACCAGGAAGUGAUCUGUACUGAUACGCCUGGUGUUGAGCUGUGAGGGGAGAACACGGUUCUAUCGGUGGUGGAGAAGUUCACGUCACUCCAUCAUGACCAAAGAUGAGGAGAUCCCUGACUGUGUCGGAGCUCAUGAGUUCUACGACAAGUAUGAGACCAAGGAGAUUCUGGGAAGGGGGGUGAGCAGCGUGGUGCGUCGCUGCAUCGACAAGCGGACGUCCCAGGAGUACGCGGUGAAGAUCAUCGACAUCACACCCUCGGACAAGACGACCCCGGAGGAGAUCGAGGAGAUCAGGGAGGCGACGGUGAAGGAGAUCGACAUCCUGAAGAAAGUCUGUGGAAAGGACAACAUCAUACAGCUUAAAGACUACUACGUGUCCAACGCCUUCUUCUUCUUGGUUUUUGACCUGAUGAAGAAGGGUGAACUUUUUGACUACCUCACAGAGAAAGUUACUCUGAGCGAGAAGGAAACCAGGAAGAUCAUGCGUGCUCUGCUGGAGGUGGUCCAGUUCCUCCACAACCAGAACAUCGUGCACCGGGACCUGAAGCCUGAGAACAUCCUUCUAGACGAUGACAUGAACAUCAAGCUCACGGACUUUGGCUUCGCCGUGCAAAUUGAGCCGAGUCAAAAGCUCAAAGAGGUGUGUGGGACCCCUGGUUACCUCGCUCCUGAAAUCAUCGGGUGCUCUAUGGAUCCAGGACAUGCAGGAUAUCAGACUGCUGUGGACAUAUGGAGUUCAGGCGUGAUCAUGUACACGCUGCUCGCAGGCUCUCCGCCCUUCUGGCACAGGAAACAGAUGCUGAUGCUGCGGACGAUCUUGGCCGGUAGCUACGACUUCUCAUCUCCUGAAUGGGAUGACCGCUCAGACACUGUCAAGGAUUUGAUCUCUCGCAUGCUGGUGGUGGAUCCGAAGCAGCGUUUCACAGCCAUGGAUGCUCUGAACCACUCGUUCUUCUCCCAGUAUGUGGUGCAUGAAGUGCGACAGUUCAGCCCUUACAGACGCUUCAAGGUCAUCUGCAUGACCGUGCUCGCUACGAUGAGGAUCUACUGCAACUACCGCCGUGCCAAGCCUGUCACCAAGGAGGUGAUCAAGAGCGACCCGUACUCCAUCAAGCCGCUCCGCAAGCUCAUCGACGCCUGCGCCUUCAAGAUCUACGGCCACUGGGUGAAGAAGGGCCAGACUCAAAACAGAGCCGCUCUGUUCGAGAACACGCCCAAAGCCAUCCUGCUGUCGAUUGCUGCCGAGGCAGAUGAGCCCAUUCACCAAAUCUGGUAACAGGCGCCUGCUCCUCAGGUUCACCUCUGCUGGAGCUGUACUCUCCCCACUGUAUGAUCUGGGGCUUGACCUCUACCAGACAAGGUCGAAUAAGUAUGUAAUUUAUGUGGAAUGAACUUUAAAAGCACUUUCCAAUUCUGCAGUGCAAUUGUACCAACUGGGCACACAUGGUGCCUGUAACUCUGCAAGUAAGACUUGUAACUGUUAAACAGUUUGCUUAUAGUCAUCAAGGUUUUAAAAAUGACUUUAAAACAAGGAAUGUACUGUUAAAGUGUUUUAAAGUAUGUUACUUAAAAUGAUCCAGAUCUCCACUGUAAAGUAUUUGCUUUGAAAAUGUGUUUUUGAUGCUUAAUUAUAACAAAUGGAGGCAACAGCUUCUCCAUGUUAAUUAUUAGAGACACUGUGCAACACUACACAACAAAUUCAAAUGACAAUGCCCUUUCUGGUUGUAUAAACCAUUUUCAGUUAAGUGUUAGAUCAGCUGCAUCAUGCAAACACUACAGAGUGGAAACUUGGAAGGAUUUGGCAUUGGCCAUGAAAGAACCCAUUACAUUUCAACAUGGGUCCAUACAAAUGAGUAGAUUCUGCAAUUUUCCGUCACUUUCUUGAAUA